UUCAGCUAUAGUCUAUAGCAUGUUUUAGAUUUGUUUUUCGCAUUGAAAUGUUUUUAUCAACAAAUUGUAGUAUGAUUGCAUAUUUGAAAAAUGUACUGAAUCAGUUUUGCCAUGACAGUUACAUACUGAUUACUCUUGAUUCUUGAAGUUAUGCUAUUUCAGAGUUAUUAUACACCUUUGGAUUCAAAUUUAACACAAGAAGAAUACGAAUAUAUGUGGUAUUAUGAAUAACUAUUCAGGAAGUUAACUAACUUCUCAUUGGAUACUUUCUUAGACUUAAUAUGUUAGUGUUGUUGUUUAUUGAAUGCUGAUGAUAGAUUUAGAUUUAUGGUUUGCUCCUGGUACAGAGGAAACUCUGCCAAAUUUAGGCUUAGGCCUACUGAGCGUCGGUAAAGGUUUGUAGAUUGUUACUGUUUGAACCUCUGUGUUUGUGUGCACUACAGAACUGAAGAUAAAAUGCUGCUUUGUCUCUGUCACUGGGGCAGGAAGACAAAGAUGCUUCCAGAUGGAUCCAUUUUGUAUGCGGGAGGUAUUACUGAUCAGUUUAUUGUAGAAACAAGCAUAAACUACAAUGACUUUGUGAAGGCAGUUUUUGAUCGAUUAGGCAUUGAUUCUUCCGAUAAGAUGUUGCAUUUUACAGUGAAGUUUGAUAGGUCAGAACUGAUACGGCUGAGGGAUCAAGAAGGUGUUGAUACCCUGUUACAAUUUAAUGAUGGCUUUGCUCAUGUUUAUGUGUCAAGUUUGCAGGAGGAGCCUUAUUCUAUAACGCCAUCAGUUGGUGCGAGAAAAGUAGAACUUGAUGUUGUAUCUUAUUCAGGACAAAAUACAACUCCUGCAGGUGAUGAUGAGAAUAAUUUGGAAAGCGCAUUAGAGAAGGCACAGUUCCAGUCAGCUGGAGAUAGUAGUAAACCUCUGAAGGAAGCAAUAGCAAACCAGUCAGCUGGAGAUCGUGAACCACAGCAGAAAGAAGCUGUUGGUGUUGAUGAUCAAAAGAUUGCUGGUACAACUAGGUUGUGCAGUAGUUCAAAAUCAAAUACAAUUUCUGAUAAAGACAAUUCAGAUUUCCUUCAAUGUUGUCAUCCUGAAUUCAGUGAUUUUUUCAAGCAUAAAGCUGAAAAUUGCUUUGCAGUUGACCAGAUAUGGGCUGUCUAUGAUGAUGUGCACGAUGCUAUGCCAAGAAAAUAUGUCCGCAUCAGCAAGGUAUUUGGUCCUGAAUUUAAGAUCAUGUUCAGAUGGCUCGAGCCUUGUCCAGAUGAAGACCAAAGGGAGUGUGGUUGGGUCAAGCCAGGCUGUGGGAAGUUCAUUAGUGGGGAUAUUCAUUCCACUUCUGAUCGAUUUUCUUUUUCUCAUCAAAUGCAUUGUAAAGAGGGGACGAGUGAUAUGUACAUUUUAUAUCCUAGGAAAGGGGAAAUAUGGGCGCUUUUCAAAGCUCAGGAUAUUCUUUGGAGUCCACUGAGUCAUAGUGAACAUAAGUAUGAAGUUGUGGAGAUCCUUUCUGAUUUUGUUAAGAAUGCUGGUGUCAGAAUUGGUUACUUAGAUAAAGUUACUGGAUUUGCUGGUAUUUUCCAGAGAACAAAGCUGUUUAAUUCUAGUUCGUUCGUUAUAAAGCCAAAUGAACUUUACAAGUUCUCUCAUCGAAUUCUUUCUUUCAAGAUGAUCAGAACUGAAGGAACAGGUGUACCUGUGGGGUCGUUUGAACUUGAUACUGCUUCUUUACCCCUUGAUCCAAAUGAUAUUUGGUACCCUGGAAAAGUCAAGGAAGAAUCAGGAGUCUACGUUGUACAUUGACAUGGAUGGAACUGAAAUUUUCUGUCAUUAGUUGCUCGAUUAGUAGACUUCGUGAUUGCAGUAGCUGCAAUAAUGGUUAUGAUUAUGAUGUUUCAUUUGAUUUCAGUAGCUCGAAUUAUGAUUUUCGAAUUAAAGUGUCUCUUGUGUUUGUAACUUAAAAAGAGAGAAAAAGAGAAGAAGCUGAAAGACACCAGUAAUGCUUUUAUCUUUUGUAAAACUCUUCUGUAAAAUUGAAGUAAUGGUAUAAGAAUUUGAGUUAAAGCUGAAAA